AGCACAUAUGUAUACGAUGCAAUAAAAUGUGAUUGAAUAGCGACAUCGCUCGGAUAAACAUCAACCUUUCCCGAUUUGGAUAAAUAUCUAUUUUCUAGGAAACACUAUGUGCAAGAGUUAAAUACAUUUAUUUAUUCCUUUGAUUGCUAGUUUCGAAUUGCGCAGUGCACGUCAUGAUAUGCGUGAAGUGUUCGGCGGCGUUUAAGAAUUGCUUUGAAGAACUUUGAACACUCGACAAUAAUGGCAGAGACACAGAGUGAUUGUAUAUACAAUUCAAUAAUCAUGUAUUAUGAAGAACGGGCUAAAAAGUGUCAGAUGUUUCUACAUCAUCCCAGCGUUCGUAUGUGCAUCCACAAAUUCAAGGAGCAACUCAACCACAAUCCAUUUUUCCAAGUGGCCGUCUUCAUCGCGAUAGCGUCGCUAUUGACACCAAUUUUCUUAUUCAUUGUGUUUGCUAUUGUCAGCGCUGUGUUUAUAUUUAUUGGUUUUGUGAUGGUUCAAGUGACAGUAUUGGCUAUUGGUGCGAGUAUUUUAAGCUGCGUACUUUUUUGCAUCGCAAGUACUAUUAUAAUGAUAGGGUUAUUUAUCCUUUUUGUCUAUUGCACAUUAUAUUAUACAAAUCACGCGUUUAAUCUUUUAGUCUCUUAAAUUUGAGUUGUGUAUAAAUCACUUUUCAUUUCUACUAAAACCUUAGUUGUGUAUAAAGACUGUUAUAUUUUUAAGAAUAAAAAGUUCAUCGUAAUGUAUCAAUAAGAAUAAAAAAAAAAGAAUUAAAAUUUCAAAAA